GAUGACCAGAGACUGCGGACGCAGUACAGGAGAUGGCCAGAGACUGCGGACACAGUACAGGGGAUGACCAGAGACUGUGGACACAGUACAGGAGAUGACCAGAGACUGCGGACACAGUACAGGAGAUGACCAGAGACUGUGGACACAGUACAGGAGAUGGCCAGAGAUUGCGGACACAGUACAGGAGAUGCCAGAGACUGCGGACAGUACAGGGAAUGACCAGAGACUGCAGACACAUUACAGGAGAUGACCAGAGACUGCAGACAUAGUAGAGGAGAUGACCAGAGACUGCGGACAUAGUACAGGAGAUGACCAGAGACUGCAGACA